CUUCACAACAUGGUAACUCCGCACCGGCAUCCUGCGGGUCAGGCAACCGGUGGCACCUUAAUCGGGGAAGACGGCUCACAGUAAUGGCAUAAAUGGAAUGGUAUCUAACACAUACAUGGUGAACAUGUGUUUGAUACCAUUCACUCCACCCAUUAUCUGGCAGAUCUAAGGACGCUCCAAUAUGCGUACCAACGAGUUUGUUUCCAGUUCGGAAAUGUCCGAUUUGUCUUGAACGCGGCAUCAUCUUCCAACGAGUUUUCAGUCGGGAGUUUCCGCGUUGUCUGUAACACAACAGAAGUAUGUCAUCAUCCAAAAGUCUUUAGUGGGGCUGGAAUAUAAGGAAUGUGAAUGUCGGAGGACCAGGCGGCGCAGAAGGAUGAGCUGCUUGCUCUAGCGAGUAUUUACGACGAAGAGGAGUUUCACGGAGCUGAAUCGGCACAAGGCGGAGAAAUACAACUAUGCCUUGAACUUCCUCCUAAUUUCAAGUUGAUAGUCAAAGGAGACAAGCAGACAGAAUAUGACGUAUCUUUCCUACCUCCCCUGGUGCUUAACUUUGAACUUCCUGCCGACUACCCUUCCUCCUCAUCUCCGGUCUAUACACUAAGUUCCAAAUGGCUGUCAAGGGACCAGAUGACUUCUCUCUGCAAGCGUCUGGAUGAGCUGUGGGGGGAGAAUCAGGGCUGUGUUGUCCUCUACAAAUGGAUCCAGUUCCUCAAGGAGGAGGCGUUUGCCUUCCUGGAUGUCAAGUCUCCGCUAGAGGUUGUUAAGGCAGGCAUGGCUCCGGUUGACGCGAAGAGAAGCAAGGCUGGCGUGAAGCGGGCGGGGACUGUAAUCGGGGAGGAAGGCAAACUGGAGUCUCUGCUGGAGCUGGACCCCCGUGCUGUGCUGGUGGUGGACCCCCGUACUGAUAUCCUACCUCAGCUACUGGACUUUGACGAAGCUCACAGGCAGAAGGUGUUUGACGGCAAGGCGUUCUGCUGUAGCAUCUGCUUCAUGGAGAAGCUGGGCUCGAGCUGCCUGUGCUUCAAGGGAUGCCAGCACGUGUAUUGCAAGGCUUGCAUGACAGAGUACUUUGGGAUUCAGAUCCGCGACGGCAACGUUCAGUGUCUUAACUGCCCCGAGCCCAAGUGCACCUCCUUGGCUAUGCCCUCACAGGUCAAGCUCCUUGUCGGGGAGGAGUUGUUUACUCGUUAUGACCGUCUCCUGCUUCAGUCCAGCCUGGACCUGAUGGCUGAUGUGGUGUACUGCCCUCGCCAGUCAUGCUGUCAGGCUGUGAUGGUGGAGCAAGACACCACCAUGGGCAUCUGCCCUUCCUGUCAGUACGCCUUCUGCACCCUCUGCAAACGUGGAUACCACGGCCUGUCCCACUGCAAGGUCACACCAGAUGAGCUGCGAGACCUAAGGGAUGAGUAUAUCUCUGCCAGUGCCGAGGGGAAGAAGUUCAUGGAGCAGCGUUUUGGGAAGCGGGUUAUCCAGCGUGCCGUGGAGGAGUCCUUCAGCAGGGACUGGCUCUAUGAGAACUGUAAAGGCUGCCCGCGCUGUGGCACGAACAUACAGAAGGUAGAUGGCUGCAAUAAGAUGACUUGCACCUCGUGUAAGCAGUACUUCUGCUGGCUGUGUCUGGGCCAGCUCACACGUGUCAACCCCUACAGCCACUUCAAUAACCCCUCCUCGCCUUGCUACAACCAGUGUUUUCUAGGCUGUUCCAGGGUGUGGAUAUUGAUGAAGAUGAUGCCUUGAGUGAUGAAGAGGACUGAUGUGUGCAAUACCUCAGUGUGCUUCAUUUGUUUGCAAUUUAUCUCACCCUUACUACACAAACUGCAUAUGGAUUUAGCCAACACCACCAUUUCUCACCAUCAUUGAUCAGGCAUUUACUAUGCCAAAAUAUAUCAGUCAUUUCUCAUGGUUGACUGGCUAGCAGAGAGCGAUUCCAAGCUUAUACAGGCACAUUACCUUACUGCAUACAGAAGUCAAAUACUCAGGGCCAGUAUUUUUCUGAAAGCAUGCUCGUGAAGAGAGCGUUCUAAUGCUGAGUUUGUAUGUUUAGAUGAUUUGAACAGAUAAUGUUGCCAUGUUUUAUCAAUCUCAAUUUUAAAAAGAAAAUUCUGGGAUCUGGGGGUGAAAUCUUACAAUCAAGAACAGAGAACACAAUUUUGGGAUGUUUUUACUAUUUAUUUUGAUCAUGAGUUAAAAUCUGUGGAAGAAUGUGUGUACACCCUGAUACCAUCCAAACCAUGAGCUAACAACUUGAUGUGAAAAAGGUAAAUAAAGUGUUGCCAAAUGUGACAUUCA